AGGCUCGAGAGCAGCGCCCGUCUGCGAAACCCAGCUUGUUGUCACAUCCGCAGAGGCGAGGCCACGACCCGCAGCGGCCGCGCCCCCCAGAGAUGGGCCGCCCGCGCGCGGCCGGCCUCCGGGCCUCACUGCUCGCGGCGGGCGCGGUCGCGCACCGCGUCACCCUGCCGCAGGACACGCUGACAGGCGGUGUGGACGAGCCAAUCUCCGAGCGCACGCUCGCCGACGACAUUGCCAGUUCCGCCCAAGCCGAAGGCCGACCAUGGCAAGCUAGUGCGACCUUGGUGAGCGAACUGGCGGAGGACAACGUCAGCCUGAUGGAGGAAGAAGCCAACGCGUCCGGCGUCACGCUUGAAGAGCUCAUGAACGACUUCUUCCCCCAGCUGCCCGGCAUGACGGUGCGGCAGUCGGGCGCGUGCGGCAGCGGCCCGGCGUACCCGGACCAGCACUUCUCGGCCAAGUCGGGCGCCGGCUGGGUGAUGGCGCUGCUGCACCCCGGGUGCUUCGAGAGGAUACGAGGCGUCUUCGGGACGGCCGAGGGCUUCGCCGACGCGAUCGCGGACUUCAGGCCCAUCGGCUCUGGGAGCGGCAUUAGCGGGGCGCAGCACUUCUUGUCUAAGGACGAUCGCUUCUACAUGAAGAGCAUUCCGAAGACGGAAGUGGCUCUCCUGGAGAGCGGCGCCUACAUCCAGAAGCUCGUGGAGUACACCGAGGAAAACCCGUCAACUCUGAUGAUCCAGAUGAUGGCCGUCGUGAGGUUCCAGUACUCUAGCACAUGGUCCUCCGAGUCGCGGUGGCUGCUCAUCAUGGACAACUACAAGCGCGGCGUGGACCGCGGGAAGGACUCGUUCGUCGAGUUCGACAUCAAGGCCAGCAAGUGGAAGCACAGGCUGCAGAGGAAGGGCGGCCGCCGCUGCUCGCCGAUGUUCCCCCUGGACUUCUGGAAGAGCGGGGCGGGCGAGGCCCACGAGUUCGAGGGGGAGGACCUCGACUUCUAUGCCCUCCGGACGCAGACCAACCGGGAGUGGCUCGAGGACACCGAGUCGAAGAGGGCUGCCGCCCCAGCGGGAAGCUUCCGGCGCAAGUUCCUGAGCAGAGAGAUCGAGUCGCUGCCCGCCUACGACGACUGCAUGGGCGGCGAGUACGCGACGCAGUGGCUGACCCACAAGGCCGGCAGCGACUUCGACUUCUGCAGGGAGCUGGACGGCCUCGGCGGCAACCUGUCGGAGGAGAUCGCGGCGCGCCUCCUCUCGGACUACUCGAUGGCCGACCUCCAGGCCCUCCAGGGCGCGUGGUCAAAGGCGAAGCUGCCCUGCGAGAGCUUCGUUUACUCUGGAUCGACCAGUUUUGAGGCAGACUGGAAGGCUUUUCUUCACCAGGAGAAGGCUGCCAUCGACUCCGUGCGGGAGUUCUUCGGGUACGCAGCCCCGUCCAGUGAUCUGACGCAGAAGCCCAUGGUCAUGGAACCGUGUACGCGGGAGGCACUGGUGACCCAGCUUGCCAAGGACACUGCCUUCCUGUCGAAGCAUGGAAUCAUGGACUACUCUAUGGGCCUGCUCAUCAAGCACCAGGAGGCCGACCCGGAGGAGGGCACCUGCCUCGCCGCGACAGCGGCUUGGCGGCAGGGCAGGGCGAGCGAGACUGGGAGCAGCAGCGUCUUCGAGAAGUACCAGGGCGGCAUCCGCGCCGUGAGCCCACGGCCGGCGGAGGCGCCAGAGCGGGCCGUGUUCACCUUCAAGAUCGUGGACACGCUCACCGAGUGGCACAGCGGCAAGUGGUUGUCCGCGUGGGCGCAGAGCCUCGUCGGGGAGAACAAGG